UUUGUUUUGAUUCUUCAAUAACUCGUGCUUCGUUUGCGCAAACUGAGUCAAAUAUUGCAUCAAAAUAGUGUAGUUUUACUUGAAUUUUAAAAUAUAUUUUUGUGAUGACUAACUAGCUCAAGAAGACAACAGUUAAUCUUAAAAUGCCCGAAUCCGUGGUCGCCAGCCGGCACAAGGACUGCCUACCCUGCCGGAUUGUCAGUGGAACCGGCGUGCUCGGCAUGGGCGCCUACGUUUGGCUGCAGGCCAAGAAGCGACCCCAAGCAGUGGGGCGGUACGCCAUGUUUAGCGUGGCAGCGGUGGAAUAUUUUGUUCCUCUUUUAGUGGCCGCUGGCGUGGGCGUUACGCGGUUAUUGGACGUCUAUCCGUUUGGCAAAUUGAGUGGAAAAGAACAAUAAAAAUAGUUUUUGGUUGUUGCUAGUUUUAAUGAAUAA